GUGUUUCCUGUUGAGACAGGAGGCACGACGAGUCCGUCUGGGGCGCAAUGUCCCAGAGCUUAUUGAGCUGUGCUAAAAGGGGAGGUUUUGUAUAAGAACUGCCCUCGACGACCCGGACUUGCAACCAGAAACAAAUCCAUCAUCCUAGCCAUAAUCACCACUACUCAAAUCACCAGCGAGCAGGUUCUCCUUCUACCAACUCCUCUGCCCUUUUAUCAAACACACUUAAAGGACAACCCCACAAUCUACGCAGCCAUGCUCUUCAACACUCUCCAGCAGACCCUCCUGCUCGUCGCCGGCAGCUCCCUCGCCGCGGCCAAGACCAUCAAGAUCCAGGUCGGCGCGCCGGGCCAGCUCAUCUUCACUCCCAACAACGCGACCGCCGCUGUUGGCGACGUCAUCGACUUCCAGUUUGCCGGCAAGGUGCACGAUGUCGUCCAGGGCCCCUUUGCGAGCCCCUGCGAGCCCGUCAAGACCGGCGGCUUCUACUCGGGCUUCCAGCAGGAUGCCACUGCCCAGUCUCAAAAGAUCUUCCGUGUCACAGUAAACUCCACCGACCCGAUCUGGUUCUACUGCUCCGCCACCUCGCAUUGCCAGGGCGGCAUGGUCGGUGUCAUCAACGCGCCCACGUCGGGCCCCAACACGCUCGAGGCGUACAAGGCCGCGGCCGCCAAGACGAGCAGCUCGGGCACUCCCCCUUCCGUGUUUGGCGGCAGCAUCGUCGCCGCCGAUUCGAGCUCCGCGUCGCCGAGCGGCAGUGCCACUAGCGCCGCCCCCAGCGGCAGCGCGACGGUCAAGCCCAACGGCGCUACUUCUGUCCGGGCCGGCAGCCUGCAGAUUGGGGCGCUGGUCGCCGGUCUUGGUGUUGCAUUCUUCGCCCUGUAAGAAGGGAGUUGAGGAACGACUUGUUUUUUUAAUCAUCGCGAAGGGGAAAUGCGGUUCAAGGCUAGAAUACGCAGAAAGUGAGCAGCUUUUUGGUUUUGUCGGAUAGACAGAUUUUACAGAGUAAUGAGAUAUGCAUUGCCUCGGACCUCGAGCCCGUGAUCUAGAAAUCCUGAGAAAGCAAGCAUGCAUGCUCCCCUGCCC